AUGGUAUCCCGUAAGGCUGUGGCUGCUCUGCUGGUGGUGCAUGCAGCUGCCAUGCUGGCCUCCCAGACAGAAGCCUUCGUCCCCAUCUUCACCUACGGCGAACUCCAGAGGAUGCAGGAAAAGGAACGGAGUAAAGGGCAAAAGAAAUCCCUGAGUGUAUGGCAGAGGUCUGGGGAGGAAGGUCCUGUAGACCCUGCGGAGCCCAUCGAGGAAGAAGGAAACAAAAUGAUCAAGCUGACUGCUCCUCUGGAAAUUGGAAUGAGGAUGAACUCCAGACAGCUGGAAAAGUACCGGGCCGCCCUGGAAGGGCUGCUGAGUGAGAUGCUUCCCCAGCACGGUUACCAGCAAUUAGACACAGUGUCCAUUCUGCAUUUCCACCCAGGCUUAGCCACAGAAAGUAGUUACCAGAAUAAGAACUCCAACGCUGAACAAGAGACCUUUGUUGGAGGUACUCUGAAUUCUACCGAGAAACACUCAAACCUUCCAUGGGCUCCCACCCCUGCCACGCUGCACAUCCACACGCAUUUCCAGCACAUAUACCGAUCAACCCCGGAGCAGCUGCAGGUUCCUGGGAAAUGCUGCCAAGACGUCCGGUAA